AUGCAGGCCCAAGUGAGGCUGUUUGUGUCCAAUGGGCACCUCCUGGGCCACGAGUGCAACAUCCCUAAUGACAGUCUCUGGAUAGACAACAACAGGGAAGAAGACUCAGGUGCCCUUUGGCACAUCUUCCUGCCCCUCCAAGCCAGGCUCAGUCCCUUCCCUGCACCAGGCACUCAGCCCCUGCUCUACCCCUUGGCUGCCAAAAGCCCCAACCCAGUGGCUCCCAGUAUGUCACACGGCUAUUUCUCCAGACCCUGCAUGCCCUCGGCCUCCGACUGCUCCAGUGAUGUGAGUCGCAGCAGCAACAUCUGCUUGCCCAGCUCAUGCCCAGAGGGUGCCUCCUGGCAGCUGGACGACUGCCCAGAGAGCUGCUGUGAGCCCUGUGGUGGCUGCAGCCCUUCCUGCUGCCCAGCCCCGAGUUGCCCUCCCGCCUCCUGCCUCACCCUCUUGUGCCGACCAGUCUGCUGCGUGCCCGCCUCCUGCCAGCCCUGCCCAGCUGUCUGUGUCCCCUCCUGCUGCCAGUCCACUGGCUGUGGGGCUUCCUGCUGCCAAACCUGUCCCUGUGCACCUGUGCAGUCCUGCUGCUGUGAGCCCAUCUGCUGCAAGCCCAGCUGCUGCAUCUCCCUGCCUGUGUGCUGCAAGCCCAGCUGCUGUGUGACCUCUGUCUGCCCAGCCCCGACCUUCUGCCCAGUGCCCUCCUGCUGCUGGCCUCCAUGCUGUGUGUCCCUCACCUGCCAGCCAGCAUGCAGCCCAGCCACCUGCUGUGUGCCUCUCUCCUGCAAACCCACCUGCUGCACCACCUCUUCCUCCUCCUGCUGCUGUGGCCCCUCUUGCUGUCAGCCAGUGUGCAAACCAGCCACCUGCUCUGUGCCUCUCUCUUGCAAACCCACCUGCUGCACCACCUCUUCCUCCUCCUGCUGCUGUGCCCCCUCCUGCUGCCACCCCACCUCCUCUGUGUCCCUUAUCUGCCGGCCCACCUGCUGCAGACCCUCCUGCUGCUCCACCUCCUGUGGCCAGAAAUCCUGCUGUUGA